AUGAGGAUGGGGAAUCUAAAUCUGUUUCAUGUCUAUACCAGCAGGCCAGAAACCAGUGUACUAAUGUGUUUGAACUUCAUUACAGGCCUUCAGUAAAAAUACCAGUCUCUGUUAUGAUGCCAGUGGCUCAUGUUGUAGAAUGGACUUACCAGAAAUUUGCCAAGUAUGGAAUGGAAGUUCCUCAGCUGACCCCUUCAAGGAUCAGGCUGCUUUCAUGUAACAGGACAUUCAGUUGCUCAAGAGCAAAGGAGCAGCUUGGUUAUGAACCUCUCGUGUCCCUUAAGGAUGGACUGAAGAGAACAGUAGAGUCGUACCCCCAUCUACAAGCUCAGAAUCAUAGGAGUAUAUCAAAGGCUUCAAUUUUCCUCGGGAAUGGAAAUCGUAUGAAACUGCCUUCAUCCCUUGUGCCCACACAUACCCUGUAUAUUCAUAGUACUUUUGUACUUCCACAUUUGAAAUCCUUACCAAUUUAUCUAUUCAUAUGCAGUUGCAAAAACAGUACUUUGGGAAGAUGCGAAGCAAACUGUGAUAGUGCUUCUACUGUUGGUUGUUAUCUACUACCACUUAUUUACAUGUGGUUACACCUUCAUCACAGCGAUGGCAAAGCUUUUGUCAUUAACUGCUAUGUUCUUAUUCAUUCAUGGCAUGCUUCCAUCAAAUCUGUACAGUCCUUUAUUCUCCUUUUCAUUUGUUGA